AUGUUCAUUAACCGUUGAUUAUUCUCAACUAACCACAAAGAUAUUGGCACCCUGUACCUCUUAUUCGGUGCCUGAGCAGGAAUAGUAGGGACAGCCCUAAGCCUAUUAAUUCGAGCAGAAUUAGGCCAACCUGGAACCCUCAUUGGUGAUGACCAAAUCUAUAAUGUCAUUGUAAGUGCUCACGCUUUUGUAAUAAUCUUCUUCAUAGUUAUGCCUAUUAUAAUUGGAGGCUUCGGUAAUUGACUAGUCCCUCUGAUAAUCGGCGCCCCUGACAUAGCAUUUCCACGAAUAAAUAAUAUAAGUUUCUGGUUACUCCCACCCUCAUUCCUCCUCCUACUAGCAUCCUCAACAGUAGAAGCGGGGGCAGGAACAGGAUGAACUGUAUACCCUCCAUUAGCUGGAAAUAUAGCUCAUGCUGGCGCAUCCGUAGACCUAGCUAUUUUGUCCCUACACUUGGCAGGCAUUUCCUCAAUCCUAGGGGCUAUCAACUUUAUUACUACCAUUAUUAACAUAAAACCCCCAGCCUUAUCCCAAUACCAAACUCCCCUAUUUGUCUGAUCUGUCAUAAUCACAGCAGUUUUACUCCUUCUAUCACUUCCAGUACUAGCCGCAGGUAUUACUAUACUACUAACAGACCGUAACCUAAACACUACAUUCUUUGACCCAGCCGGAGGGGCGGACCCUAUCUUAUACCAACACUUAUUCUGAUUUUUUGGCCACCCAGAAGUUUAUAUUCUCAUUCUCCCAGGCUUCGGCAUAAUUUCACAUAUCGUAACAUACUAUUCAGGUAAAAAAGAACCAUUUGGCUAUAUAGGAAUAGUAUGAGCUAUGAUAUCUAUUGGCUUCCUAGGCUUUAUUGUAUGAGCCCAUCAUAUAUUCACAGUAGGACUAGACGUAGACACCCGAGCCUACUUUACCUCUGCUACUAUAAUUAUUGCAAUCCCAACAGGAGUUAAAGUUUUUAGCUGAUUAGCCACACUCCAUGGUGGGAAUAUUAAAUGAUCCCCAGCAAUACUAUGAGCACUAGGCUUUAUCUUCCUCUUCACUAUUGGCGGUCUAACAGGAAUUGUCCUAGCCAACUCAUCCCUAGACAUCGUUCUCCAUGACACUUACUAUGUAGUAGCACAUUUUCACUACGUGCUUUCAAUAGGAGCCGUUUUCGCAAUUAUAGGAGGAUUCGUUCACUGAUUCCCUCUAUUUACAGGGUACACACUUAACGACACAUGAGCUAAAAUUCACUUCUCUGUAAUAUUUGUAGGGGUUAACCUCACAUUCUUCCCACAACACUUCCUAGGCCUCUCUGGUAUGCCACGACGAUAUUCAGACUACCCAGAUGCUUACACACUAUGAAACGUAUUAUCAUCAAUUGGCUCCUUCAUUUCACUCACAGCUGUCAUCCUGAUAGUAUUCAUUGUUUGAGAAGCCUUCGCAUCAAAACGUGAAGUCUUAACUGUAGAACUAACAACUACUAACAUUGAAUGACUCUAUGGUUGUCCACCACCUUACCACACAUUCGAACAACCAGUAUUCGUAAAAACCUAG